UUUCUUAUCUUUCUUGGUAUUGUAUUGUGUUCCUAGAAUUUCCUAUCAUUCCGAAAGUAUAUUUUUAGUCGGAUUAUUUUCGGACAUUUUCGGCAUGAUUGAACAGUACUCGGAAGAACCCCGGAAGAUAUCGGAGAAUGUCGUGAACGUCAUCAAAACCCUCGAGUGAUUUCCGUCUGCAUUCGAUUCCCUGGCAAAGAGAAAACAAGAGUGACUUGAAGAGAGUUUUUCUCUUCUGAUCCCAGUCUAUAUGAGAUCUUCUGUGCAUUAACACUUAGAAUUACGAAUGGCUGAUUACUACGAAAUACUAGAAAUUUCAAGGAGUGCAACUGAGGCGGAUAUCAAGAAAGCGUAUAGAAAACUUGCACUACUAUGGCAUCCAGACAAAAAUCCAGACAUCAAGGAGGCAGCAGAGGAAAAGUUCAAGGAAAUCUCAGAAGCAUAUGAAGUACUUUCAAAUAAGGAGCGAAGAGAUAUAUAUGACAGAUACGGCAGGGAUGGAUUGACAGGAGGUGGAGGAAGAGGUGCUGGCCCUGAUUUUGACUUUGACUUUCAUUUCCAUAGACCUGAAGAAAUCUUCAAGAACUUCUUUGGAACAAACGAUCCAUUUUCAACAUUCUUUGAUGAUGACAUACCAGGAUUUGGCAGUAGCUUUUUCUCAAGAAAGAAGAAAAAUAAUCCGAGUAAUCGAAGGAAUGAACCAUCACAUCAUGGUAGUCUAUUUUCAGAUCCUUUUUCCGAUCGUUUCUCAGAUCCAUUUGGAGGCUUUGGUUUUGGCUUCAGUAGAAGUUUUGGUCAAGAUCCAUUCAGUACCUCAAGCUUUGCUUCAUUUUCUAACUUUGGAAAUGGUGGAAAUGGAGUUGGUGCAGCAAAUGUAAGAUCAACCUCUACUUCAACCAAAUACGUUAAUGGAAAGAAAAUCACAAAAAAGAAGAUUGUCGAAAAUGGCAAAGAAACAGUAGAGGAAUAUGAGAAUGACACAUUGAUAAAACGCAUUGUCGAUGGAACACCUCUGCAAAUAACGCAGUAAUUAAACAAGCUGUCAUUGCUAUAUUCCGUGUAAAAAAUAAUUAUAAUAAUAUGCUGCAGGGUAAGGAGAAGUUGGUUUAUAGAUUACUAAGUGCAUGAAUCUAACCUUUAUUUAGCCUUUAGAUAUCUAGAUAUAGUAAAAAGGAUAGUAUAUUUAAAGAAAUGAUGUUUUUCUCUAGUAGUUUCAUUGAAAAGUGGGUUUGAUUGUGUAGAGAUCGGUAU